GCCCGGCAUGCCUGGCUGCAAGGGCUCCUCGGGCUGGCCGCUCUGGGUGGCCCCGCUGGCUGCGCUCCUCUCCCUGCGAGGUCUGGUGAGCCCCCUGGAAGUGUUCAUGAAUGCACGAAGUGUGGAAGUGGCUCGGGGCCAGACGGCGGUCCUGCCCUGCACCUUUACCACCAGCGCUGCCCUCACGAACCUCAACGUCAUCUGGAUGGUCACCCCCCUCUCCAAUGCCAACCAACCUGAACAGGUUAUUAUUUACCAGGGGGGGCAGAUUUUUGACGGUGCACCCCAGUUUUACGGGCGAGUUGGGUUUGCAAUGACAAUGCCAACCACCAGUGCCUCCAUCUUCAUCAACAACACCCAGCUCUCGGACACCGGGACUUACCAGUGUUUGGUCAACAACCUACCAGACCGAGGCGGACGGAAUAUUGGAGUCAUUGGGCUCAACGUCUUGGUCCCUCCCUCUGCCCCGGUCUGCAGAAUUCAGGGCUCUUUAAACAUAGGCAGUGACAUCACACUGACCUGCAGUUCCGAAGAGGGCAUCCCUCGGCCGACGUACUACUGGGAGAGACUGGACACCGCUCCUAAGCUGCCUCCAACAGCAACACAAGACCAAGUUCAGGGUACAGUCAUUCUUCGCAAUAUCAGUGCCAUGUCAUCAGGGCGUUACCAGUGUGUGGCUUCUAACGUCAUUGGAAGCAGCACCUGUUUUCUUGAAGUUCAAGUGAUCACACCUCAUCCACGGAGCAUCGGCCUGAUCGCUGGAGCUGCAGCUGCUGGAGCAGUGGUGCUUGUGAUCUGCAUUGUCUUGGUGGCCGUGACACUCUUUUAUUGGAAAAACAAACACAAGGAGGAAGAGGAGGAAGAGAUUCCCAAUGAGAUAAGGGAGGAUGAUCUGCCACCCAAAUGCUCUUCGUCCACAAAAGCAUUCCACGGCGAUGCUUCCUCAUCAGAGAAUGACACCCUCACCUCAUCCAACACCUAUAACAGCCGGUACUGGAAUGAUCCCAAAGCCAACCAUGCCACAGACUCCUUCGCUCGCCUCAACAAUGACGUGCGCCAGUCCUUUUCCCGCUCUGGGAGCACCAACGCCCGCCCCAUCUAUGCCAACGGAGGCCACCCAACCCCGCCUCCACCCAAGACAUUGGUGGUGACAACCAACACCGCCCCCUCUCCUCAGGAGAUGUCCAGGAGCAAUGGCUCAGUGAGCCGAAAGCCAAGACCCCAGCACACACGCUCCUAUGCUGUGAGCCAGGCAACGCUGGAGAGGAUAGGGGCAGUGCCCGUCAUGGUGCCCGCUCAGAGCCGAGCAGGCUCUUUGGUGUAGACAUGGCUCUAAGGGAAAUGAGAACCUGUUGCACUGAGUGGUGGUGGAGACCUGAUCCAAACAAGAGACUCUCCUCUUCCUGCCUGAAAUGCAUCAAAGGAGAAGAUCAAACCUC